UAUUCUCUCUGCAUCUGAAGGUUCUUUCAAUUAAUUUGUGUUGAAUGUUUGCAAUCGAAUCUUCAAUGCUCCCAUCUUUUUGUAGCUAAAAUGAGGCCGAAUUUAUUCAACAAGAGACUGGAAACCUUGUAUUCAACCUGGAAGAAUUUCAAAGAGGAUCGCUGGGGCAAUUCUGAUGUCCUCGUCAUCUACAUGCCUCCGGAAGACUCACCGCCCCAUGAUGGUACCCAUCAAAUUUCGUCGUCUUUCUUGAAUUGGUUGAUCGGCGGUGGUUUCCCCGGUACAGUCGCAUUGUUUGCGCAGAAUGAGAUCUUCUUCCUCUGCACCAACAAUAAAAGUUUAUCGUUUUACAGAACCGUAGUCGGAUCCUCUAUGGAAGCCGUUCACGCUGGAGUAUGCAUCAAAGCAAGAAAGAAAUUGAAGCAAAACCAAUACCAAAUUGCUAUUGUAAAUGAUGGGUUUACAUGGUUAUGUGCAAAAAAUCAUAAAAAGUUGAGAUCAGAUGAUUUUGAUAUUCAAAUGCAGUCUCUACCUGAGAAAGUUGAAGAGAUGUUGUCUUUGUCACCAAAGGCAGAGGAACAGAAACCAUCUCAGGCUCUGUUUGUUGCUCAACAGAUGAACCAAACACCCCAUAAUUCUGAACAGAAAGGGAGGAUUGGUGUAGAUAUUAGCAUGCAAGGAGAAAGGAGAGAAGAGUCUAGUUGUGGUGAUGAGGUUGAGGAUGAAUGGGUUUUGGUUGAUGCAGAUGAAAAAGUGAAACAAAUUGAAAGGGCAAGGAAGGAUUACAUCUGGAAAAGGUUGCCUCUUAGUUGAGUCUAUUCACUCUUGGAUUAUACCAUUCCAAUUUUCUAUUAUUUUCAAUUUUUGUUCACUGAGAUUAGCAUUUGGUUGUCCACAUCAAUUUUUUUUCCUUGUUAUAGAUUUUUUUGUCUUUAUUUGGACGGUUGUAAAGCUAAAAUUUUGUGUUUGUCCUGCUGUCUAUGACAAUGUUUAGGUCAGCAUAGAUGUUAGGCAUUGCUUUCUGGAAAUUGGUCCUUUUGUUGGGUGGGGGGCUCUUGUCCAGUGAUCAGUUUGCUAGGAAGAGUAAUGGAUUUCAUGGGAGAAGCAACCGUUUCAUAGAUUUCUGAAACUCCAUGUUGAUUGGUUUUGUUGUUAAAACCUGAAAGAGUUUGGCCAUAUAAGUAUUAAUUGCCAAGGCAAUGGCCUUGGAUUUACAUCAAUAACCAUCUUUUGUGGCU